AGUUAAUCCACCUGUGCUCGACACUCGACUUUUUUAUCGCGCCCGCUACUUCAUCAUCAAGUCGAAUUCCGAAGCCAAUCUAAUUCAGGCGAUGCGCCAUGCAGUAUGGUGCUCUACUCGGCCAGGAAAUCUAAGCUUAGAUGAAGCAUAUCGUUCAGUCACUGAUGUUCAUGCUAAACCAGCCUCCUUUGCCUUGACUUCUGCUUCAUGCAUAGAUGACGAUAACUUAGAUUUUUCAACCAGCGGUUCUACUCACUUUAGGCCCAGAAAUUCUUCUUCUCGAGGUUCUGCUUCUCACGAUUCCCACCAUUCAUUUUCAGCCGAGGAAGUAGCAGACCGACUCCAGUCGAAUGAGCAUACACAGCUUGCCGAUACUCCUGUCCACAUGGCCUCAUUGUCUCAUUGGCCCCGGGCUCGAGUUACAGUCUCAGGAGAGUCGCAACCAAGCACCGGACGUUCUGCAGUAGUCACGGUCUCCGUUUCAAAGGUCAUGGCAGCCUCCUAUGUCGGAACUAAUCAGGUUAACUCUUUUGCAUUAUCUAAUACAGUUUCGUUUUUAAUGUUUGAUGCAAAUGCUCAGCAAGUUGACCUCAUUGGUAAUUUAAGUAAAGUUGCCAUGGCGUUCUGA